AUGAUACUUUGCUUAUGCAAGAAUGAUACUUUGCAUGAUUUGCAUGGACACACAUCCACAGUGAUCGAGGUCGAAGGCCCCAGGGGAAAACUCUCCCGCAAUUUCAAGCAUCUCAACCUCGAUUUCCAGCUCAUUACUGACGACACUACCGGAAAGAAGGAGCUCAAAAUCGACGCCUGGUUCGGCAGCCGAAAAACCACCGCCGCCAUCCGCACCGCGCUCAGUCAUGUCCAGAAUUUGAUCAACGGCGUUACCCAAGGUUACCGUUACAAGAUGCGAUUUGUCUACGCUCACUUCCCAAUCAACGCAUCCAUAACUGGCAGCGGCUCUGCCAUUGAAAUCCGGAAUUUCCUUGGCGAGAAGAAGGUUAGGAAGGUUGAUAUGCUUGAUGGGGUUUCCAUUGUGCGGUCUGAGAAGGUCAAGGAUGAACUUGUUUUGGAGGGCAAUGACAUCGAGCUCGUGUCUCGAUCAUGUGCUUUGAUCAACCAGAAAUGCCUUGUAAAGAACAAGGAUAUCCGAAAGUUCCUGGACGGUAUCUAUGUGAGCGAGAAGGGGGCCAUUGCUGUGGAGGAAAAUUAG